AUGCAUCCCCUGCGCUCUCGAUGUCUGCAACUCGCCAGUGCGCGGAGGCUUGCUUCAGGCUUGGCACGCCUCGCGCAGGCUAAGGAGGAGGCUGCCAAGACGGCGGAAUGGCCUUCUGCGCUGAGGGCUGUGCUGCCUUUCGUGGGCUUGGCCGGGGUGGGGACGGCAGGUCACGCGUUCUAUGACGGCCUUUGGGUUCCCCUCCUUCGUGAUGGGCAAUCCGCAGAAGAGGCUGCGCGACAGGCUGAGCCUCUUCUGGACGCUCACCUGGCCGGCACGGCCUUGACCCAUUUGGAGCGCGGAGAGGUUGUGGUAGUGGAUGGCGUGCUCUCAGCAACAUUGCUUGCCGACCUUCAGCGCGAGCUGCAGUCAUUGGCUUCGACUCCCGGUGGGCUGCUUCCAAAUCCCAAAGUCCAGGCAGGAAACACAGAGGUUCGCACGGAUCGGGUUUGUUACCUUCGGGAUCCUGCAUCCUUUUCUCCGACUGACGAAGGCCAGGUGCUUGGCGGAGCCGCGCUACAGCUCUGCCACCGACGGCUGAGAGCGACAGCUCUGGUCCUGGAGACAGGCUCUCAACAAGCAUCCAGGAGAAGAACUUUCGUGGUCCCUGCAUGGACUCAGCUGGCUCAAUACACGGAUGGCAGUGGCUUCUACAAGUGGCAUACGGACGGGCUUGGUGAGGAAUCUGGCAGAUUCGGACCUUUGGGGUGGUACUUUUGGCUGCAGCGGGGUGCCGUGAGGCGGAGGUCCAUCACUGGAAUCCUCUACCUGAACGAGGAGGACUGGCCGAGCACGGCCGGGGGUGCACUGCGCUGCCGCGCGGCGGCGGCCCCUCUCCGGGGCCCACCCCUGCCCUCUACCGCCGGCAUCGCAGAGGUCCUACCCAAGGGGGGGCGGCUGGUGCUCUUCGACUCCCACAAGAUAGAGCACGAGGUGGUUGCUACGAGACAGGAUAGAUGGGCUUUGACAGUGUGGUUGCACGAAUAA